AAAUUAGUAAAUGAGACAUUCCAGAAGCUCUGGUUUACUCCAACUCCACACCAUGACAAAGAAGCAAUGACCAGGAAAAUACUAAACAUCACCGAUGUGGUUGCAGCUUGUAGAGAUACAGGAUAUGAUUGGUUUGAACAGCUUCUUCAAAAUCUGUUGAAGUCAGAAGAGGAUGCCUCAUAUAAACCUGUGAAGAAAGCCUGUACUCAACUUGUUGACAAUUUGGUUGAGCACAUUCUUAAAUAUGAGGAAUCCUUAUCAGAUUCUGACAACAAAAGUGUGAAUUCUGGUCGCUUGGUUGCUUGCAUAACGACUUUGUUCCUAUUCAGCAAAAUCAGGCCCCAGCUAAUGGUCAAACAUGCCAUGACCAUGCAGCCAUACCUGACCACUAAAUGUAGUACCCAGAAUGAUUUCAUGGUGAUCUGCAAUGUUGCAAAAAUCCUAGAACUUGUAGUGCCACUAAUGGAGCACCCAAGUGAGACCUUUCUUGCCACUAUUGAGGAAGACCUCAUGAAACUCAUCAUCAAAUAUGGCAUGACGGUUGUUCAGCAUUGUGUGAGCUGUCUUGGGGCUGUUGUGAACAAGGUCACUCAGAACUAUAAAUUUGUGUGGGCCUGUUUUAAUAGAUACUAUGGUGCACUUUUGAAAUUAAAAAGUCAACACCAAGAAGACCCCAACAGUACAAUACUUACUGCCAAUAAACCAGCACUCCUUAGAUCACUUUUCACUGUUGGAGCAUUGUGUCGGCAUUUUGAUUUUGAUCAGGAAGAUUUUAAGGGCAACAGUAAGGUUAAUAUUAAGGAUAAAGUACUUGAACUGCUGAUGUAUUUUACAAAGCAUUCAGAUGAAGAAGUACAGACAAAAGCCAUUAUUGGCCUUG